GGGGCGUCAGGCUGAACUUCAGCCUCGGCUGCCACUGCAUGAGGCUGCGGGCGGCGCCGGAGCUUGACAACAACUUGAACCUCAGAACACGACUACCUACAUUCUACCGUCUACCACCUCAAAUCAAACACGAAAGCCCAGUCUUCUCACUAUUCCGAGAACAUCUCUUGCUCCAACAACCCCUUCGGAAUCGCUUCUCCACACACCGCAAGCAUUGCGACAUAGAACCUGCUAGCCUCCAGCAUCACGGCCGUACAUAACCUCAUACCAGUACUCUACUAUUGUCCACUGCAGGUCACCGUUCUCCACCACAAGCAGUCCAUUCCGCGCGACAGCAUUCCCUCGCAUUGAAGUAGAGUCUCACUAUCACGGGGGAUUAACCAUCCCAUCAACCGAUCCAUAACCAUACCCUUACCAAAACAAUGCCUUCAUCAUCAUCCUCAUCAACACCCACAACCUCGCGCUCCACACCCGCCAACGCCCUGAAACGCCUGACCCGCGAACUCCAAGACCUACACACCAACCCCUGCGAAGCAACCCUUCACCUCGCCCCGAUCAGCGAAGAAGAUUUAUUCUCAUGGGAAGCCGUCCUCCAAGGGCCACGCGACCACACCAACCCAUACCACAACGGCCUUUGGCUUUUGGAGAUUUCCAUCCCGCCCAAUUACCCCCUUGCGCCGCCGAAAGUACACUUCGUCACGCCCAUCUGCCAUCCAAACGUGCAUUUCCAAACAGGCGAGAUCUGUUUGACGUUAUUGUCCGGCGAGCACUGGGCCCCAACGUAUACGUUGGCCACGACCAUGGGGGCUAUUCAGCAGCUGCUGACGUCGCCGGGGCUCGAUAGUCCGUUGAAUGUCGAUAUUGCGAACUUGUAUCGUGAACACGAUAAGAUUGGGGCGGAAAGUCUGGUGAGGUUCUGGACUGUGGAAAAAAGAUGGGCUGGGGAGGGGAGGGCUGGGUUUAUUACGGAGAAGAGACCGGGUUCGGGUGGGCAUUUGGGGCUGUGACAAGGGGACUGAGCUAUAAAGAGGACGAAACCAAGGGAGAUGAACACAAAAAUGGCAAGGCGAUUCUCUCUGAUGUUGCGGAUCGGAUCUGGGGAGCAUUUUGAGCGUACUGAAGCAAUAUAUCGGCUUACAAUGUCUGUGGGUUAAAUUCUGGUUUUAGCACGCUACGAGGCAUCAGUCAACGGUUCAAGGCAGAGUUGGCUGAUGGAAAGAUGUGUUCGAUAUUUGCCCUGGUGUAAUGGUUUCUACGACACCGAAGAACAACCAAUCAAUGAGCGAUACAAGGAGAAAUAUAAUAUUGCCUCUCUAUCGGUUUUCAAGCAGAUAAUGCCUAGGGAAUUAAGACCCUGUCGACUUUUCCA